UUUCCGAGGGGGCUUUCCUGGAAACCACGUGACUGAACGCGGAAGUUCAGUAAACAGCAAAAGACACGGGAAAUAAUGCCACAUUAGCCUAUUGUUUUGUUCGUGCUCAUCUCUAAUCCGUCCUGCGAGUUCAUAAACCAAAACUGCCCCGAUGGCGAGUGCCCCUCCGAUGGAGUUCCCCGUCCCGGUUGGUGCUGCGGCUCCACCGCCGUCUUAUGAUGAAGCAAUGGGCGCGGGAGGCCUUUACCCACAAGGCACUGCGGCUCCUCCGAUGGUCCAGAAGGCACCAGCCCCUUAUCCAACACAGCCUUAUGCUCAAAUGUACCCGCCCCCUCAGCCUGUAGCCCCUAUGGCAGGCCCACCCGUGGUUUCAGUGCAAACAGUGUACGUGCAGCCGACCUCGUUUGGAGACGUCCCAGCACAGACAUGUUGUCCUGUGUGUUCUCAGACUGUGGUAACCCGAAUGGAGCACAGUUCAGGCACCAUGGCCUGGCUGGUCUGUGCAGGCCUGUGCAUUAUUGGCUGUAUGUACGGGUGUUGCUUGAUCCCCUUCUGUGUGGACGGCCUGAAGGAUGUGACGCACUUUUGCCCCAACUGCAACCAUGCUAUUGGUUCUUUCAAACGGCUCUGAUGCCCCUGAUGAUGUAACAGAAACUGAGCACACGUCUUUGAGUGCUUGUUCUACUUUUUUGUACUUUUCACCAUUCCUUAUUGUACUUGUUACUUAAAAUAACAUAUAAUUUACUGAUAUUGUUUUACUUCAUUUUGUUAGAAGGUGACCUCUAUGUAACGUCUUUUAAAAUGUCCACUUUUAUAGUAAUGCAAAAUGUUACACUACAGGGUGUCCCAAGUCUUUAUACACGCAGGAGUUUAUUAUGAUAGAGUUAUAGGGCAAAAGUCUAGAAAAAUGUAUUCAAAACUAUUAAUUAGAGAAAAUGCUCACAUCAACAGCCUUUGAAUAUAACUUGGACCAAACUUAUUUCGUUCCAUGCAGAGAUUGUUUUGGGCCGAAUCUGAUAGGUUACUGACCUUAGAUCUGAAGUAAAAAAAAAAAAGUCUAGAGCUGUUAUGUCUGGGUCUAAUAACAAUCAUGGGUCUAAAAUAUCUAAAAGAUCUCAAUCCUGUGGAUUUACACUUUCAGAUUGUGAGGGUAAAAUUUCAAUAUUUGCAUUGAAGUACAAUGAACCAGUUUUCAGAUGAAAUCUAAACAACUACAUAUAAUAAUAAUAAUAAUAUGAUGUUAUUAAUAUGAUAAAUGAAAUUUUCAGUGUCUCGCAUGAAAAUGUAAAAAAGUGUUAAGAAGGUACCAAAAGAACUCUGGCAUGUUUUCCAGGAUGCUCAGGGAAACCUCAGUAAAGCUCAUUUAUUUUGUCUAAGUGAAGGUUUAUCAAACCAAAUACCUCUGCAUAUUGCGAAAAGCAUUUUCCCUUAAGAAAUAAUGUAAAUAGAGAUAAUCCAUUCCAGGCACCCAAAAAUAUCACCAAUAUUAUCAAUUUCCAACACUAUAAUCAUAUUUUUGCAUGUAAAAACAAUCAAAACAUUUCAAAAAGACAUGUAAAUGAAGUAAAUAAAUAGACAUUAAACCUCAUUUAAUUUGAUGAUUCCUCUUGGCAUAUGGAAACAGUACCCUUACCAAUUUGACAAGUUCCAGAUAGUCAUUAUCGGUAUUUUUGCAUAUAAAAACAAACCAAUUAAAACUUUUACAAGCCAGUUAAAUGAAUAAAAUAUGAAAUAAACAGCCAUUAAAAUCACAUAGAUAAUCUUUUGAACUCUACCAAAGGCAAGCUUCCUAUCGUGGGUUAACUCUUACAAAACAGCUUUCGUUGACUGAAAAAAAAAAAUUAGUUUGGUUUUCUGCUGACGCAAACGAAUUUUGAACGGCUCCUGGAGGUACGCACAUCUUAGCCAGCAUUCAGUUGGUUUUCUGGAAAUGCUUCAUAUGGUGAUUAAAAUUUCUUGCAAAAUUUAAGGCGAAAACGUGUAAGAGAGGGCAUUCAUAUGCAGAGGUUCUGCUGUACUGAUUACGGUAAUUGUUUUACAGUUAACUGCUCUUUAUAGAAGUUUGUUUUAUUGAGAAGUGUUUAAAUUUGAAUAAAGGUUUCUAUUUCAUCACUAUUUUUUAAGGCAUUUUUUUUUUUACUGUAUAGAUAUGUAUACACACGUACACAUUCCAAGUAUGAACUUCUCCAUGUCGGAGGACUUUUGGGACACCCUUUAUUGGAAAUAUAGUUUAUGCAAAAAUACUUAUAGCUAUUAUAUGUUUAACCAAAUGACAAUAAUAUUUAACACACCUGAGGUAUAGUAUGUAUAUUUCAUUUUAAUUUACUUUAAUAUUCUCCUGUUACCUGUGAUUUACUAUACACUCCUAGACUGUUGACCCUGGAAAAAACAUGAAAAAGCUUUAGCGGUGCCUUAACAACUUUCCAUUAAUUGUAAAAUUAAUGAUGAAUCUGCCUCGCAAAUCUUUCUUCUCUCAUUCACUCCCAUGUUUUGGUAUGUUGUUACACACAAUGUUUACUCAAAAUUUUAUAUAUGUACUUUUAUCAAUAUCUAAUAUAAAUGCCACACAACAUUAAUAAAGUAUUAUACAGUAAAAAACUU